AUGUCGAGUUGUUGCAUUUGCCAAUUUUCUGUGCGAUCAAAUGCAACGAAUCCUGUCAAGAAUAUAUAUGAGGAAACCAUCGGUGACCCUCCCGUUUCGAUUAGUUUAGUUUUGUUGCAGUGUACGAAAGGAACAGAUUUUCAUAUUGAAAGUGCUUCGAUAUGUAAAAAGUGUUGCGAGAAGUUGUCACGUUAUCACAAGUCCAUACAAAUCGCUAAAAAAUUACGGCAAGAAAUCCUAGAGCUAAUCCGAAGUCCGUUCAUAAUACAAGAGUUUAAGACUACGCUUACGCGUGUGGAGUAUAAGGAUGUAUACGGGGAAGAGGACGAAGCUGAAGCUAACAUAGACGAGGGACUGAAGGCUGACAAAGCUCCACUUUCAGACGCUCUUGAACCAGCCGAUGAUGAUAGUGAAAAGACAUUUGUCGAGAAAUAUGUUACUGCCGAUGAAAGCGACGCACAGGAAGAGUUUCAGAUGGUGGAUAUAGAAAAUGAAAUUGUGAUACAUGACCAGGAAGAGGAGGUAGAGCCAAAGGAAAAUCCAGCAGAGGAAGAAGUAGAAACUUUAAAGGAUGAUAAUCUCAGUGAAUUUGAGGACCAGCUCGAUGGAACAAUUGAAUACCUCAUAUCAGAUAACGAAGAUAUGGACCAUUACAGCUCUGGCGACUAUACAGUCAAUAUUCAGUGUCCAAGCUGCCCCGAACAAUUUAGUAACCGACGAGCAUACAACGCACAUACGAAACGCGAACACUUUCCGGGCUAUGUAUGUGAUCAAUGUGGAAAAACGCUUCAGUCUUAUUCUGGCUUCAUUGGCCAUCUGCAGAAUCACGAGCCCGUUAAGCAAUUCGAGUGCCCCGAAUGUGGCGAACGAUUUAAUCGUAAGUUCCGCUUAAAGCACCAUAUGGCGUGGCAUACAGGCGAGACCCCGUAUCAGUGUGAGAUCUGCUCAAAGCGUUUCGUGCAUAAAGUAGCGCUGUAUAAGCAUAAAAUGAUACACGACAACGACACAAAAAGACUUGAGUGCCAGGUUUGUGAAUUCAAAACACGCACAAAAGCUCAUUUGGAGAGGCAUAUGAGAUCUCACACAGGAGCUAAGCCAUUUUGCUGUCCCGUCUGUAAUAAGCGCUUUUCUCAAAUGUACAACAUGAAGGCACAUUUGCGCGAGCACGAAAACCCGGGAUGCAAUCGUCAGCGACGCUUCCACUGCCCCAAGUGCACCCACAGCUUCAUAAACGAGCAAAAUUUCGUUAACCAUGUCCAGCGAGGAGACUGCACGUCGGCUUAAUCCGCACAUAUAAACAUGGAGGUGACAUGCACUCAUGUAUAGUGGUAUGGUACAUGGUAAAAGUAAACUAACAUGUAAAUUCAAAUAAGUUAGUACGUACUUUUUCAUUUAAAAUACAUAUAUGCAUUUUCUUCACAAAUAAAUGUUAUUAAAUAAUAAAAUUAUUCGAUGCAUACUUGUAUUUCA